CUCGUCAUGAUGGGCAGCUAGACGGCCAAUAGUCCGGCAAGGCGGGGCAGCUGGCUCUCCCUUCGGCGCAGUUGGAGCGGGGCUGUAGAGUGGAGCUGCUGAGUGCCACCAUGUUCCAGGAUGUGGAGUCCGAGUCGGCCAAGCCUAGCUCCAGGGUAUUGAAGCCCCCAGGGGGAGAUUCUAGUAAUCUCUUUGGUAGUGCAGAAGAAGUGUCUUCUUCAACCAGGCCACACCGGAUGGCAUCCAAUAUCUUUGGAGCAUCAGAACAACCUCAGAACAUUCCAAAAAGAACAAACCCUCCAGGAGGAAAAGAAAGUGGCAUUUUUGAGGACUCCAGUUCUGCUCAGCCUCGUCCACGCAUGAAUCCACCUGGUGGGAAAACAAGCGAUAUCUUUGGGUCUCCUGUAUCUCCCAGCAUUGUGCGAGCACACCCAAACAAACCCAAGGAUCACAUUGUCUUGAAAGAAGAGGAAAUACCAAAGAAGCUAGAAGCUACAGAAAAUAUCAAACCACAUCUGGAAGAUGGAGGCGAGAAAAAAACUCUGGGCAAAGAGGAGCGAUGCAAGGAGCCAGAAGCCAAGAUAGACAAUCACGAACCCCGACUAGGGCCAAGGCCACGCUCGCACAACAAAGUCCUCAAUCCGCCAGGGGGAAAAUCCAGCAUUGCAUUCUAUUAGGGUCAUCAUGUCACUGUCACUAAUGGAGAAACUCUUGCCUGUGCUGGCGAGGUCAGUUUAUACACUAUUGCUUGUGAAUAGAUUCUUAGGCAGAUGGAUGAGGGUUAUGUUAGAGUGCGUAGGAAGGAUAACCUGGUGAUUUGGGGAAGAAGGGCUGGGGAGGGAAUGGAUGCCUUGUGGAAGAUGUGAGUAUUGGCCUGCCUAGGUGGAUGGCAGAGCCAGACAUUAGUGUAACUUUGUGAAUAAUUAGUGCUACUUAGUGGUGAGUUCCUCAGACUGUUAGAUUCUUAGCUGGCUUGUGGCUCAGGAUGCUAUUGUGGAAUCAGGCUUAUCCAUACAGUCAAUAUGUCAAACAUUGUGAAUGGGAAGGGUCCUGGAGAUCACACGUGAAGAUUCUGAAGUACAGCAGGUAGGCUGGGUUUUCCCCUGGGCAAUGGGAUGCAGCUUCACAUUGUGAGCUGACUUGCUGUCAUGUUAAUGCAAAUAUGUUCCACUGGAGCAAGUAGUGUUGCCAUGGUUAAGAGUAUCUUUGGUCAUUGCUUCUUUUUCUCCUAUCUUGCUUGCAGCACAUGAUUGCUGAUACAAGGAGAAAAUAUGGUGAAAGUUUCUUUUAUACUCAUAAACCAUCAUAUGUUUGUAAAGACUGUGGGUCUUCCCCUCCCCAGGUAGUCAGGUCUUUUGGAUGCCUGUAGUAAUUUGCUGAUUACUGUAACUAGCUCUUCACAUGUGGCAGUCCAACAUGCUGUUUCAUGUAGGUGCUUCUAGUUGAGUGCUUUUAUGUUUUCUGGUAAAGAUGUGGGUGCAAACAAUAUGGUUUUAUGGUACUCUUUGAACAGAGGCAACUUGAGAAUAUGCUGAGGUAUCAGCCAGGUCACUCUGACCCAGCCUGUGUAGAAAGGGCUUAGCUUCAACACAGGUUUCCACUUGGCUUUAUGUGGAAACCAGGACUGUUCUCCUGUCCCCACCACAGUGAAUUUCCUGUUGGUUUCACUUGUGCUGAGUCUCUUAGUGAAUUCAUCUGUCUUUCAUCAGCCUUACCUCUGUCUUUGACUGUCUCAGAUUUUUGUUGGUAAGAUUGGAAGAAUUAUGUGAGUUCUCCCCAACCAAGAGCUGUAGUUGAUUUUGUUGAAGAUUACCUUAAUUGGAAAAACAAAGCCCGCACAAACAGAAGGUUUGUAUUACCAAAAUCUGUUGUAAAUCACGUUUGGAAGAUGUGCAUGUUUUGCACAGAUGUUUUGGGAGGAGGGUUUGUUCUCUGAAUGGAUUUUAUGAUCGUAUCCAGAGCUUUGAUAUAUGAAUGUUAACUCUAGGUGUUUACUGUUAAAUAUAUUGAAUAUAUAAACCUUUAAAGUAUGACAUAUCAAAACAGGAAUUGUUCAGGUACACCAAAGAACAAGUGGCCUUACUGUGUAUAUCCAUUGCUGUUGUAGCCCACAUUCCCUGGGAACAGCUACCAUUGAGAUGGGAUGCUGGGCCAGGUUCUAAAUCUCUCUGUGAUUGUAAUGCUUCCUAGGCCGUGCAGUUCCCUUGUGUCAGCAGUGGUGGGUGACUGCUUUAAGACUCAGUUGCCUUUUCAAAUCGUGAAACAGAUGGGGCAGUGCUAGAAUAGAAACAGCCUUUGAAAGUAGGGAUUUAAAUGCCUUUGUACUUUUCAGAUUGGUUUGGAGCUGCCUGUUAAUUUUUCCCCCAGGAGAACAAGGCAGUAGUUCAAACUGCAAUCCUGGAAUGAACUUAUGUUACUUCCAAACAUGUAUUUUGUAGCAGCUCUUCCUGAGUCUGUGCUCUCCAGCCUCUGGCUGAGUCUCAGACACAUUAGCCAUUUCAGUUCCUUGUUCCAGUACUUGAAGAAAGCUGUCAUGUAGAAAAGUCAACCAGAGGCAGCUUCCUACUUUGUAGGUUCUGGUGUAGCUGGUGCUAUCUGCAACACCAAGCAUUUGGCAUCUUUUAGUACCUGAUGUGCAUUGGCUUCAGUGCCUGUCUUUUAAAGAGCAACUUAAACUAGGCCUUAAAUUAGUUGAACUAUAUUCAUUUUCUUGGAUUUCUUUCUUUGGAAUCUAAACAAUGUUUUCAACUCUUCAAUUAAGAUUCAUCUAAGCAUUUCUCUGGGACAGAAGGGGAUUGAAAAUCAAAUGACAGAACAUGCCGUUAUGAAUAAACCUCUGUGUUUUGUUACUUCA